GAGUGCGCAUGCGCAGCCCGACCAGGAAGUAAAACUCACUGUUGCAUUGAGACCAGCCCAAAACUCCAAAAGUGAUGUUUAGUAAGGAGGACGAUUCCGCUGCGACAAAACUUCUUGUCGAACAAACUCCUGGAGUUAUUUAGCUUUGUUUUUUUCUUCCUCUAAGAAAGCUACAAAUGAGUACUUCCUGCUUACUUUUCCACCUCUGAUCUCUUAAAGGGACAGAAUGAAACAAUCGAACGGAUCGAUUCAUCGAGCGUGAAAUGAGGGGAAAGGCUCUCGACAUCGACGCCAUUCCGCCUUCGUUGGACUUUGAGGAGCUUCCCGACAUGGAGCACUGGUGCGAUGAUUGGAUGUCCAAUUUGCCGGAGGAGCUCUUGGACGUCCCUUUGACCCACUUGGCCAUACCCGGAAGUCACGACACAAUGAGCUACUGCUUGGACAUCACCUCCCCCCUGGUGCGGUCCGAGUCCGACCUGUUCAGGGUCCUGGACGGACUUUGCUGUUGCCUCACCAGGCCCACCGUCUUUAAAUGGGCCACCACGCAGGAUCGGUGCAUCGAGGACCAGCUGUCGAUGGGCAUCCGGUACUUCGACCUGCGGGUGGCGCACAAACCGGGCGACUGUUCGUCGGAGUUGUACUUCACGCACAUCUUGUACACGCACGUCACCGUCAUGGACACGCUGUGGUCCGUGGCGUCCUGGCUGGACUCCCACCCCAAGGAGGUCGUCAUCCUGGCCUGCCGGCACUUUGAAGGGGUCAGUGACGCGCUGCAUCACUUCUUCAUAUGCAGUCUCAAGAAGAUCUUUGGGUCCAAACUCUGCCUGCGCCAGGAAGCGGACUGGUCCCUGCGGCGUCUGUGGUCGUCGGGUCGUCAGGUCCUGCUCUCGUACGACGCCGACGUGGCUUCCCGACACGCCGAGCUGCUCCCCAGCAUCCCCUACUGGUGGGCCAACCAGCGCUCGGCCCGCGCCGCCAUCAACUUCCUGGAGUGGAACAAGCAGCUGGGACGGCCGGAGGGUUUCUUCGUGGCGGGCCUGAACCUGACGGCGUACAGGAAGUACAUCAUCACCAACCCCAAGGAGUCUCUGCGCUCGCUGACCUGGGCCCAGUGGGCCACGCUGAGCGAGUGGGUGAAGGAGCAGAGCCCCGGCUCGGACCCCCCCAGCCUCAACAUCAUCGCCGGGGACUUCGUGGGCCCGCUGGCGCUCUGCCCCCUCGUCGUCGGGCUCAACAGCAAACUGCUGGCGGGCAAAAAGGGCAGCGCGGAAAACGGACGCUAGCC